AUGGUGGUGGUUGAGGCUAUGCAUAAGGCAGGAGGUAUGGCUCUUUUCUGGAAAGAUGAGGUGAAAAUUCUUGAGGUCCUUAUGACUUCCUUUACCAUUGAAGCUCACGUGGAGGAUAUGGAAGCUAAUACUGAUUGGUGGUUUAUAGGAAUUUACGCGAGCUGUGAUCAUCAGAUUAGAAAAGAACAAUGGAAAGUCUUAGCUAAUCGGAAAAGAUUGUGGGGAGAUAGAUGGAUGAUAGCUGGGGAUUUUAAUGAUUUAGUCUCCAAUGACGAAAAGUGGGGAGGGAUUCGUAGAGAGGAGAAAUCCUUUCAUGACUUCAGAGAUUUUAUUAAUGGAAAUUAUUUGCUGGAUAUUGGAUUUAUUGGUCAUCCGUGGACUUGGUGCAACAAUUGGGAGGAAGAGGGAGAAGUCAAACAAAGGUUGGAUAGAGGUCUUUGCACCUACCCCUGGUUUCAGGUGUUUGAUAAGGUCAAUUGCAGGCAUAUUGAUUCUUAUGCCUCGGAUCAUAGCAUCCUGAUGUUCGACACAAUGAUGAGCUCGAGCAGAAGGAAACACAGGUUCUUUUUCGAUAAAAGAUGGUUAAAACGAGAGGACAUUGGGGAGGUAAUCAGGAUUGCUUGGGAACAGCAGGUGGAGGGGUCAAGGAUGUAUCAAGUGGCUACAAAGAUUAAGAACUGCCGUGUAGCUCUCCUAAAAUGGAAGAACAACUUCCAAGCUAACUCUAGGGACAAGAUUGAGCUUAUUAAAAAGCAGCUAUGCGACUUGAAAGAAGUUAGAGGGAACUCUAGAAAUAUUAGUAUGGCUGCCCUUAAGAAAGAGUUAAGUAAGGCUUACAAGGAAGAAGAGAAGCACUGGCAACAGAAAUCAAGGAUACAAUGGCUCAAGGAAGGAGACAAAAAUACAAAGUUUUUUCAUGCAUCUGUACAGGGAAGGAGAAGGAGAAACAGCUUGCAUAAACUCCAGAGAGAGGAUGGAACAUGGACAGAGAGUGAGGAGGAGUUGAGUACUGAAAUAGCAGGUUACUAUAGGAUUUUGCUGGACAGUAAUGAGGGAGGGGACUUAAAUGAGGUUUUGCAUGGUAUUCCCCAUACCAUCACUGAUGAAUUGAAUAGAAACCUGUUAAAACCAGUGUUGGAAGAAGAAAUAAAAUCUGUAAUUUUCUCUAUGAAUCCAGAAAAAGCCCCUGGGAUUGAUGGUAUGUCACCACUUUUUUUCCAAAAAUUCUGGACAACCAUCAAACAACAAGUGAUAAAGGCUAUUCAGACGUUUUUUCAUACUGGCCACCUCCUAAAGAGUGUUAAUCAUACUAUUAUCACUCUAAUUCCCAAAGUGCAGAUUCCUACAUCUCUAAAGCAAUUCAGACCCAUAAGUCUUUGCACUACCUUAUAUAAGGUGAUAGCUAAAAUCUUAGCAAACAGGCUCAAAAGUGUCUUGCAUUGUUGCAUUUGUAAAAAUCAAUCUGCCUUCAUUCCUGGUAGGCAGAUUCUUGAUAAUAUUAUGGUCUCUCAUGAGUACAUGCAUUAUUUAAAAAACAAGAAACAAGGUAAGGAGGGAUUCAUGGCAGUGAAGCUUGACAUGUCCAAGGCGUACGAUCGAGUUGAAUGGAGUUUCCUGGAGGCAAUAAUGGAAAAAAUGGGCUUCGACUGUAAAUGGAGGAACUGGGUGAUGGAGUGUGUGAAGUCUGUGUCGUACUCGUUUAAUAUAAACGGGGAGGUUAAAGAGUUUGUAAUUCCAAAAAGAGGAAUUAGACAAGGGGACCCUCUAUCCCCUUAUCUAUUCCUUCUGUGCUCUGAGGGACUAUCCAACCUUAUCAGGAAGGCGGCAGAUUCUAAGAAGCUCGCAGGGAUGAAAAUUAGUAGACAGGGACCUAGUAUAACACACCUUCUCUUUGCAGAUGACUCUGUGAUCUUUUGCAAAGCUAAUCUGGAUCAGGCAAAUGAGUUAAGGAGGGUGCUGAAAGUGUAUGGCAUGGGGUCAGGUCAGGAGAUAAAUUUGGAAAAGUCUUCCAUACUCUUCAGUAAGAAUGUCAGGCCACAAUUGAUGGACGAGAUCUGUCAAACCAUGGGGAAUAUGCAAAGAGUUAGUCAGGGCAAGUAUCUUGGACUACCAAUGGUAGUUUCAGGAUCAAAACAGCAGCUUUUUGGAUUUAUUAAGACUUCCAUACACCAGCGAAUGCUAAAGUGGAAAAACAGGUUAUUAAGUGCAGCUGGUAAGGAAACAAUGCUUAAAUCUGUGGCUUUAGCUAUGCCAACGUACACCAUGUCCUGUUUCCAGCUGCCAUCCAAAUUGUGUAAGGAAAUUAGUUCCUUAAUGGCAAAUUACUGGUGGGGGGAGGCAAAUGGUAAGAAUAAAAUACAUUGGUGUGCAUGGAAAAAGCUUACUCGAAACAAGUACAUGGGAGGUUUAGGCUUCAAAGAUCUGAUGGCUUACAAUACAGCUCUCCUUGGCAAGCAGGUGUGGAGGAUGCUAACACAACCUAAUUUGCUGGUUAGUCAAGUCAUGAAGGCAAAAUAUUUUCCACGAUCAUCUAUAUUCAAGUGCAAAGUUCCCAACAAUGCUUCUUGGAUUUGGAGGAGUCUUAUGGGGGCCCGGGAGUUGGUGGAACAAGGAACCAGACGCAAGAUAGGAAAUGGGAGGAAAACUAAUAUCUGGGAAGAUAGGUGGAUUCCGGAUACACUUGAUGGAAGAGUGACAACCCCGAGAAAUUCUGAUAAUGCACUUCAGCAAGUACAUGAGCUAAUUUGCCAGAAAAGAUGGAACAGAAAUCUAGUCUUCAAACACUUUAAUAAAAAAGAUACAGAAACUAUCUUGACAAUCCCUGUUAGUUUAGCAGGAAAGGAGGAUGCAAACUUUUGGAUAAAAGGGGCUGGUGGCCAUUAUUCAGUCAGCUCAGGGUACAAGCUACUGGUUAUGAACAAAGAUAUCAGGCAGCAAAGGAACCAGCUGGAGGGUUCUACAACUCUGGAAAAUCAAUCCCAAAGGUUAUGGAAGGACUUAUGGAAACUGAAGGUGAAGCAGAAACAGAAGGUUUUCUUAUGGAAAUGCCUCAACAAUGCACUGCCUGUGCGAGACAUCAUAUUUCGAAGAAUUAAAGUAGGUGAUCCCAUCUGCAACAGGUGUGGAGAAGACAGGGAAACUAUUGAACAUACCCUUUUGAAUUGCAGCAAAGUUAAACAGACAUGGAAGCUGGCCCCCAUUCAAUGGGAAGGUAUGAUGGAACACCAAGGCUGUUUCAGAAGAUGGUGGAUCGAAAUUUUAGAUGCAAGAACCAGAGCUGAAGGAUGGCAACAUAUUGCUCUAUCAGUCCAUAUUCUCUGGCAGAUAUGGAAAGACAGAAAUGAGGAGGAGUUCAAUGGUAAGGAAAGUCAUCCAUGGAAGACAAUCCAGAAGGCGCACCAGGAAUGGUUAGAACUUGGGGAAAUAGAUAGGAAGGGAACUAGUAUGAGCACAGAUGAAACAGAAGCUCUACAUCAACAGAAUCAGCAGCGAAAUCCUGAACAUGGGUGCUUGAUAUUGAGGAUAGGAAUAACUAGAGAUAUGACAAAGUCUUGCUUCGGUAUUGGGAUUACUUUGCAGGAAGGAAAUCAAGGUGCAAAAAGAGGUUGGACACUACGAGAAAGCAGUUCAGGUUCAGGACUGCUAGACGAAGCAACUGCACUGAAGCUAGCAAUGUGUAAAGCUGCGACUUUGCAAUUCAGGGAUGUGCAAUUUCAAGUGCCAAACCGACAGCUCCUCAAUCAGGUUCGAACAGCAGGUGUAAGCGAUAUCAGAUUGGCUACUGUUGUGGACGAUAUUUUACAACUCAGAGAUUUGUUUCAUAAGUGCUCCUUUUGCCUAGUUCAUAAUGAUAACAAUCAACUAAGCACUAAGCUUAGUAAAUAUGCCUUGGGCAUUAUUCUAGAUGAGGAACAUUGGUUUCCUUAG